UUGGGCUCUAUUCUCUCUCUCUCUCUCUCUCUAACCCCGUAACACUCAUCUCAGAUUUAUAUAUAUCACCAUUAUGGUUGUAUUCCCUUAGUCAUUUGGGCAACAUAGUAUUUGUUGUGCAUGAAAAAUUGUCUACCACCAGUUACAGUGAGAAUUUCUCGGAGUUUGUUUUAGUUUAUUCACUUCCCAUGGACUCAACCUUUGUAGACACAUCUCUCACCAUCGACCUCAAUGUUAAUCCUUCACAACAUUCUGAUGAAAUCGCAAAGAGACAGAGUUUUCAAUCUGACUUCGUAAAUGAAAGCAAGCCUUCAGUGAAAGAAGAGGUGAGUUUUAUACAUGUUUUCUGUAAAUCUUGCCAUUACCAAGUACUAUAUUUCAAUUUAUAUUUGAACCGUCCCUUCUUCGAAUGGGUAAUCCUUUGGCAAACAGUUGAUCACUAAUCUAUUCAAGCAAUUACCUUGCUGAGCAUAGAAUAUAUUGAAGACAAACAAGUUGGACCAGUAUCAUAUAUUAUCCAGUAUGAUCUACAACUUUUUUGAUUACCAAAUUAAUCAUCAAUCACUAAGUAUUACUUCACUAAUCCGGACUAAUUCUCGCAUGCUCAAGUUAGUAAUAUGUCUUCACUAUUGGGAUUGUCCUUUGAAGCAACCUGAUGUUCUGAUGGAAGAGCUAAACCGGAUGAGGAUGGAGAACAAGCAGCUAACCAAAAUGCUACUUAUUGUGUGGGAGAAGUACAGUUCUUUGCAAAGUCAUGUACUGGAAUUGACACCAAAGGCGUCUGAAGACGUUUGCUCUGAAUCGAGGAAGAGAAAGGCCGAGGGAGAAGACUGUGGCAACGUUUUAGGAACUAAUGCAAAUAUUUACAGUAAUAGUGAUGGAGGCUUAUUCAAAAGGGCAAGGGAAAUUAAGACAAGUGUCAAAAGGUUUUAUGUACGGGCUGAUCCAUCUGAUGCCAGCCUAGUAGUGAAGGAUGGUUAUCAAUGGAGAAAAUAUGGGCAAAAGGUCACCAAGGAUAACCCAUCUCCUAGAGCUUACUAUAGGUGCUCUUUUUCCCCAAGCUGCUCUGUCAAGAGGAAGGUGCAAAGGAGUGCUGAAGAUCCAACUGUUUUAGUAGCAACCUAUGAAGGAGUUCACAACCACCUGCAACCUUCUCGUGCCGAUGCAUCACUGGGGUUGAUCCAAGGUGUGAUUCCUGCUACGGCCACUGGUUCAGUCCCUACCAUAGAUUCAAGGGAAAAUAGAUCGUGUGGCGAUGCAAGAAAGUUGGUUCCAGAAAUUGAGGUCCCUGCAGUUAAUCCAUUUUUGGUUGAACAAAUGGUUUCAUCCUUGACAAGAAAUUCCAGUUUCACUGCAGCACUAGCAGCAGCCAUUUCAGGGAGGAUUUUAGACUAUGAUCUAAUGGAAACAUUGUGAGGACAUUGUCUAAUAUUUAUGUGUGUUAGGCUUUCUGGGAGAUUAUGAUGUAUUGAUUAAUGUGAAUAUGUUUUGCAAAGUAUCCUAGAAGUGAGUUUUGUGCUCUGGCUUUGUUAUAUUGAUGCUGUCAACGAUAUAUCCCCAGGCCGGUCCCCUAGUACUGGUCUGGGAGUAUAUCUUAUUUUUGUAAGAUGAGAGAUUUUAUUUCUAUAUUUUAAACUCGCAAUGCCAUGAUUUUGGAAGUUCAUUAUGCACAA